CGUACGUUUGAAAGAAGAAGCAGCGACAUUGGUGGUAGACAGUUUUGGAUCAUUCUCUCCUCCAUCGUCUUUUAUGUUCUCAGAUUAUCAAUAUUACAAUGAGUUUGGAUUCGUUUCGUUCCUCCUCAGCCCCUAAUUCCAAACGAACUCUCUCUUUCUCUAAUUCAGCAUCUUCCAUUCGAUCCAAUGAUAAUAACAGUGCUAACAACAAGAGGAAGAAGAUGAAGACCACAGCCACCAACCAGAAAACCUUAGGCGUCGCCUGGGGCUCAAAUUCCUCCUCCUCCUCCCGAAAGCCUCCCUUUUCCGAUUUCGGCAGUUAUAUGACUGAGAAGAAUCGGAAACUACACAAUCAAUUCAACGCCGAAGCUUCCACGUCUUCCUUUAGUGCCUCUACUUCUGGGAAGCCUAUAUUCGCCGGAGUUUCAAUUUUUGUUGAUGGUUUCACGGUUCCCUCCAGCCAGGAACUGCGGGGCUACAUGUUAAAGUAUGGUGGAAGAUUUGAGAAUUAUUUCUCUAGGCAUCGUGUAACACAUAUUAUCUGUACCAAUCUUCCUGACAGUAAAGUUAAGAACCUCAGAGCUUUCAGUGCAGGGCUUCCAGUGGUAAAACCAACUUGGAUUUUAGAUUCAGUUGCAUCUAAUAGACUCUUGACCUGGGUGCCUUAUCAACUUGAACAGCUUCCUAAUAACCAACCAAAACUGUCGGCCUUCUUCUCAUUGAGAAAUAGCAAAAUGUCAGAGGAUACUUUUACAAAUGCCCUUUGUCAAGUAGAGCCAGACAUUGAAGAUUCAUCUGCUAGAGUUGGCAACUCAAAGGAUAGAUAUUCAUCCGAUGUUGCAAAGGUGGUUGAACCUAGCUGGCAAAUCACUAUCGAAGCUGAUGAUGUUGUCUCUGAGAAUACUGAUGCAAUUAUGAUGGAAGAGCAGCUGACUAGUGUUGGAGUUAAAUGUGAUGAAGAAGAUCCUGUAGGAGGAAGCAAUGAUGCCGCUAAAGAUGUGAUGAACUUCCAAGGUGAACUUAAACCUAAUAAUGAAGAACCUUCUACAUCAGUUACUAGCCUCUGCUCAAAUGACCAGAAUGUAAACGAAAUUGCAAGUUCUUCCUCCACCAGGCCUUCUAAACAGUGUCAUUCAACUCUUUCAGAUCCUAAUUUUGUGGAAAAUUAUUUCAAGAGCUCACGGCUCCACUUUAUUGGAACCUGGAGAAAUCGGUACCGAAAGCGUUUUCCCAUCCCGUCUACUGGGUUUGACAAUGAAAUUUCUAACAUUAAUGCCUCUACGGUUUCUGGGAAUGCAGUCGUCAUCCAUGUUGACAUGGAUUGCUUUUUUGUCUCAGUGGUAAUCAGAAACCACCCUGAAUUGUUGGACAAGCCUGUAGCUGUAUGCCACUCGAAUAAUUCUAAGGGAACUGCUGAGAUUUCCUCUGCAAACUACCCAGCUCGUAGUUAUGGUAUUAGGGCUGGUAUGUUUGUUCGAGAUGCCAAGGCUCUUUGUCCCCACCUUGUUAUCUUUCCAUACAACUUUGAAGCUUACGAGGAAGUAGCUGAUCAAUUUUAUAGUAUAUUGCAUCGAUGUUGCAACAAAGUGCAGGCUGUAAGCUGUGAUGAAGCAUUUUUAGAUGUCACCCAUUCAAAGGUUGAAGAUCCUGAACUUUUAGCAUCAUCCAUUAGGAAAGAGAUCUAUGAAACCACUGGAUGUACAGCCAGUGCUGGCAUAGCUGGAAACAUGCUUAUGGCUCGUAUUGCUACUAGAACUGCUAAACCAGACGGUCAAUAUCAUAUAACUCCAGAAAGGGUUGAAGAUCAUUUAAGUCAACUCCCAAUUAAUGCACUUCCUGGAGUAGGGCAUGUUUUACAGGAAAAGUUGAAGACGCAGAAUGUUCAUACGUGCGGACAGUUGAUGAUGAUUUCCAAGGUCUCACUGCAGAAGGACUAUGGAAUGAAGACAGGAGAAAUGCUGUGGAAUUAUAGCAGAGGAAUUGAUAACCGGUUAGUUGGGGACUUUCAGGAAUGUAAGUCUAUUGGUGCUGAUGUAAAUUGGGGUGUGAGGUUCAAAGAUAUGAAAGAUUGUGAGAAAUUCUUAACAAGCCUUUGCAAGGAAGUCUCGUUAAGAUUGCAAUCUUGUGGUAUGCAAGGGCGCACUUUCUCUCUCAAGAUAAAAAAGAAAAGAAAAGAUGCUGAUGAACCGGCAAAGUUUAUGGGUUGUGGAGACUGUGAAAAUUUGAGUCACUCUGUAACGAUUCCUCUUGCCACUGAUAAUGUGGAAGUACUCCAAAGGAUAGUAAAGCAGCUUUUUGGAAAUUUUUACAUAGAUGUCAAGGAGAUUCGAGGUAUUGGCAUGCACGUUUCCAGACUUGAAAGUAGUGAGACCUCAAAGCAAGGGGCAGAAAAGUAUAAUUUGAAAUCAUGGUUCACUUCAGGAUCUGCAAGUAUGGAAAAACAGAAACAUCCUAUUGGUAAUGGUCAUGACAAGCAGAAUAUGGAUGGCACUUCCGUUCUUGAAUCUAGUGCUUUGCAAGGAUCUUCAGUUCAAAUGGACAAUAACAUACAAGAUAACCAAGCUAGUGCUGACCGAAUUUCGACACCACCUCCUUUGUGUCACCUUGAUGCGGAAGUUAUAAGGAAUCUUCCCCCAGAAGUAUUUUCAGAAUUAAAUGAAAUUUAUGGAGGGAAGUUAGUUGAUUAUAUUGCUAAAGGGGAAGGCAUAAGUGAGAGUUCUAGCUCUUUACGAAACUCGCUUUUGGAACAAGAAGCAAUAAACAAGAAAGAGGAGCUUUUAGAUGUUGAGCCGAUUCCUCAAAAAAAUCCAUUAACUAAGAUUGAGGCAAUGCAAAAUGAGGCAGAAGGAGGUGAAGCUGUACCUGAUUCAGGGUCUGGACCCUCUUUUAACGUUACUCGCAAUUCAAGUUUUGAAAAAGAUGAUUUAUUGCCUUCUUCUUUAAGUCAAGUUGAUGGUUCCGUCUUACGAGAAUUGCCUGAGGAUUUGAAAGCUGUCAUUGUUCAGCAGCUUCCUGCACACAGGAGACAGGAGAUUUGCUCCAAUGUUGCUCUAGUCCCUCCUAAUGAAAACCUUCAGGUGGCAUUAGGCGUCAAGAAUUCCGAGAAUCCUGGAUCAACUCAUGUUUUGAAUGAAAGUCUUUGGGCUGGGAAUCCUCCAAAAUGGGUAGAGAAGUUUAAAAUCAGCAGUUGCUUAAUAUUAAAGAAACUGGCAGAAAUGUAUUAUAAGUCAGGGUUGACUAGCACAUUAUCAUCAGUUUUGUACCAAAUUAUAUCUGAAUUCCACCAGCUAAAUCUUGCUCAUCAGAUAUCUGAUGACUCUGUUAACAUCACGUGUGAGCUACUGAAGCAGUAUAUCAAAGUGAAGAUAGGAAAAGAUAUUGAAGAGAUUUAUAUUUGUUUUCGGCUUCUGAAGAGGUUUGCAGCUAAAUCACAUUUUUUCCUACAAGUGUAUAAUGGUGUAUUUCCAUACCUUCAGGAAGCUGUUGAUGACAAUUAUGGAGGAAGUUUGUUAAUAACUCGAUAGUAACACUCAGAUUGUCAAAUUCUUCUAACUAUGGCAAAUUGAGCAAAAUUCUCGGGUUUCUGUAUGAGCCUAUGUGGUCGCGUCGCAUCACAAACCAAUAGUUCUAUCGACCAUGAUUUCCUGCAGGGUGUAAGUACAUUGCACAACAACCCAAUCAAAACAGAGAGGUGAAAAAUUGAAGUAUGUGGUGGUUAUUGGGCUUUCCAGCCGAGUUUCAUUAGUUUGUGCCUCGGUUGCAAUUUGGUAUUUGGGCUGUCUCAAAGCUGGUGUCAUGGCUAAGAUUGGAGGUUCUAAUAGCUGUGGGUAUAAGGGUUUGAGUCACCUUUAGACACGGACAUGGUUUGUCACAGUGAAUGUGUGAGUACUGGAACCGAGUCUUUCAAAAGGCAGAAUAUCAAUUGAUUUUGAGUCAUAUGGCGACCAUAUAGUAUUUUUCAGUCAAAAUAAAGUUCACUAGCUGCAACUAAUGAACCAACCACUAGGUAUCAUCACCAGAUCUCAGUUUUCUCCGUGGAGUAACUUUUGCCACUGCUUAUUGUACUCUGCAACAGUCACUCCUCACUACCACUAUUUCGGUUGCAUUGGGAUGGAAGCAUCGUACAGUGAAGAGAUUUGACCCAGCAGUUUUAUUCUCCAGAUAGCAGCUGAUUAAGGAAUUAUUUGAGACCAUUGAGAGUUAGUUGACUUUGGAAUAAGGACCAUGGUAGACUUCCUCAAAAUUAUUUAUGAAACCAGUAAGCAUCAUAUUUAUCAUAUUUGGAGGAAAAAAUUAAAAUAUAACAUAUUCGGUUGUUAGACCUGUAUCAAAUUCCUACAAAUAAACCGAAUUACAUAUUCAGUUGUAGUAUGUUCAAGUAAAUGUUUAAUUCGUACGAUUCACUUUAAUGAAGAUUACUUGACAAUUGUAUCUUUGGGCAUGUUUGAAUUUACUCUUAGACAAGCAAUUGUUGAGUUGUAAAUUUGGGUGCGCUCUAAUAUAAUUGUUUUUAUUUUUAGACUA